AUGACAGAAAGAAAGCGUAUUCUAGUUAUUGGUGCAGGAGUGUCGGGAUUGACUGCGAUCAAAAGUUGUUUGGAAGAAGAUCUGCAACCAGUCUGCUUUGAACGAGACGAUCAGCUCGGAGGAGUUUGGUACUACACCGAAGACCUGAGACCUGGUCAGUCCUCUGCAGCCUAUAAAAGUAUUAUCUCCAAUAACACAAAGGAAACAUUAUGUUUCUCUGAUUUUCCACUCCGAAAAGAAGACCCAGCGUAUCUGCCCUAUGAUGCAGUUACUCAAUAUCUCGUCAAUUAUGCAAAUCAUUUUGGAUUAUGCAAGUAUAUCCAUUACAACAGAAAUGUUGUCAAAGUUGAAAUGUGUAAAGAUUAUGAAACUACUGGACAAUGGGAUGUCUCAUACGUGGACGGUGCCAGUGGUGGUGGUGACGUCACAGUGGAAACGUUUGAUGGUAUAAUGGUGUGUAGCGGCGGUGGAUUAGGAAAACCACACAUUCCUGCUAUCUCAGGGCUGGGUAAAUUUAAAGGAAUUACAAUUCAUGGAAAUGCCUACAGACAACCUGCUCCCUUUAUUGGAAAAAGGGUCAUAGUGGUUGGUGCGUCAAAUACAGCCGGUGAAGUAAGCUGUGAACUGGGGCGUAAUUACUGUAGUAAGGUUUAUCUAAGUGUACGUAGUCCUUAUAUUGUUUGUCCUCGUAUUGCAAAUGAUGGUUGGCCUACAACUAUGUUUCUUGCACAACGAAUACGCCAAAUGUUGCCAGCAUGCGUAGGUAACAAUAAACUGGACAAGAGCAGUCAUUGUACUAUAUACAGCCCUGGAUCAGCCCAAAGAACACAAAAAUCUGCUGGGAUCAUGGUAAAUGAUGAAAUACUAGAUCGUAUUGCUUGCAACCAUGUGAAUGUUGUGCCAGAAAUAGCCAGGAUAACUGAGACAAGUGUGGAGUUUAUGGAUGGCAGCGUUAUUGAUGACGUGGAUGUUAUCAUCUUGGCUACCGGAUACGAGAUAUCGUAUCCCAUUAUUGAUGAAACAUUAAUUUUUGAUGAAACUGAAAAAUUGAAUCUUUAUCGAUACAUACUGCCAUUGGGAUUGAAACAUAACACGCUGAUGAUAAUUGGAAGUCUGUUAAAGUUUAUUCCAGCAGCAUUUAAUGUUCUAGAACUUCAAUCACGUUGGAGUGCCAGACUAUUAAGUGGACGUCUCAAUCUUCCUGAUAUGAAGACCAUGAUUAAGGAUAUUCAUAGACGACCUCGUGUUGGGCGAUUAUAUGAUCCGUUUAUAUGCAUUUCUUAUCAAGACGACAUUGCAAGGGAUAUUGGUGCAUUACCCACUCUCUGGAACUUACUCUUUCCAGACCCACGACUUAUCUACGAAUAUUACGUGGGACCUGCUAUCGGAGCAUGGUAUCGUCUUCGGGGUCCUGCUACAUGGGAUGGGGCUAAGCAGACCAUCUUAAGCACCUGGGACAAUACAAAAUAUCCACUUAAUCAAACGACAAAUGCUAUAAAAAGUGAAAAAUCGUCUCUCUUCAAGCAGAGUUUAUUUCUUGCAGGUGGUUUUUGCUUUGUUUAUCUUAAAGAAGAUCUAUGUGGAGCAGAUUUCAAGAAAAAGAAAACGAUGCGCCCGGUGAUGAAGGAAGCCUAUGAAAAAGGUGAGAAAGUAAGAUUCAGUAAUGGCACAGUCUACAUUAAUGGACAGAGAUACAAAGAGAAUUAA